GCUGCUGCUGGGGUCCUGUAACUCUCUCUCUCUCCUCCUCCUCCUCCCAUCUCCUACUUUUGAUGGGGGGUGCAGCGGUGAAGUCACAGUGAUGUCAUUUUAGGAUGUGAGAGUCGAGCAAGGUGAGCUGGUUUUGCAGUGAGUGGUGUGUCCCCUCCACGGCCAGCGUUGCCUGUACAGAGGCGCGGAGCGGCGAAAGAUGAUCAUCGCCACCGGCACCAAUUCAAGCUCCGACGCGCUCUGUCCCUUUCCUUCUGCUCAGAUCUCGGGCUAUGGGGCCUUGAUCUGCCUUGAUCCCGAAAUAAGCCUUUACCACCACCAUGCCAAAGGGCAAAAAAUAAGAAGAGUUUCAUUUCUAGGGCAGGUGACUUGCCCCAAAGGUAAACUGGAUGGCCGUUGCGAAAAGGUGCCUCUACAGUAUGCCCCGUGGGGCCAGGACGCACUGGACGCUGCCAGCAGUUAUUGUACUGUGGACUUCUCUCUGGGGGAUCGUUUCAUCUUAUCCGAUUCCGAGCAGGACUAAUGCGACUUUUUUGGAAAAGAAGUGGGAGACCCUCUUCUCUCGCUCCUAUCUGGGUAUAGCGGGGGGGAAAUCGGAAUUGAACUGGGAGAGUGACUAUUUGCAGGGCAUCAAAAGAGUGCGACGACUGUACUGCAACGUGGGCAUUGGGUUUCACCUGCAGGUGCUCCCGGAUGGCAGGAUAAGCGGUGCACACAAUGAGAACCAAUACAGUCUAAUAGAGAUCUCCACCGUGGACCGAGGAGUGAUCAGCCUGUUCGGAGUGAGGAGUGAGCUGUUUGUCGCAAUGAACAGCAGGGGAAGGUUAUACGGAACGAGAGUCUUUGUGGAUGAGUGCAAGUUCAAGGAGACUUUGCUGCCCAACAACUACAACGCCUAUGAGUCUUUUGUUUACAAGGGCUUCUAUAUCGCCCUCAGCAAGCAUGGCCGCGUAAAGAGAGGCAACAAGGCCACCACCGCCAUGACUGUCACACAUUUCCUCCCACGGCUAUGAGAGAAACUGGCAAUAACUCAGUCAUUUGCACAUGUGGAUGUUCUUCCAGGUAACAUAGAAAUGCAGAGUCACAAUAAACACACCGAUGGACUGCGAAAGAAAACACAAAUAUUUAUUCUGUUUAUAUAUAUGUAUAUUUGGAUAGCUAUCUUUGUAUAUGUACUGUGCUGCUUAUUGUUUUUAUGGACGGGGAGAGUUGAAGCCUUUGCCUGUCUCACUUUACCUUGGUGCUUGCUGUAUCUGAACGAUGUGUCACUUCCUUUUUUGAGAUGGACGAUGAGCUAUAUCCUGUGCUUUUAAAGAGUGAAAUGAAUACUUUUUAUUACCUCAAAGAACCACUUUACUAGAUUAAGGGAUGCAUGGGCUUCUGCUCAAAUAUCUGCUGAGUUUAUAAUUUCUUGCAAACCUUUGAGCGCUUGAUGGCUCCCUGCUCGAUUAUCUAUGUCCGGCAGUGGGGGAAACUUAAAUGCACUACCUUUGCUGCACGAUUUAAAGGUGCCUUGGUGUUCCCACUUGUGGCCCCCUUAAACUUGCAUGUAAGAGACACCCGCUGGAGUCAGAAAUAGGGCUGACGCUCCAAAGAGGGCCUCGGGGGUGGGGGGGACUAUCUCUGGUUUAUUUUCUUUUCUGUAAUUAGAUCGAUUAAGUAAUAUACAAUCUGUGGUCGAGACCAGAGAAUGGUCAGCCAUAGAGACUGGCUCACGGCCAUGAGUUUGACUGUGUGGCAUCGCCAGCAAAUAAACAGGGUGGACUACUUAUCUAUCCAAGCAUGGAGAACAUUUUUGUUAGGACCUGGCUUGCGCCUGCACAACAAUCGACUGAAGGGAUAAAUUGUGAGCGCACAGUAGAAAUGUACCUGCACAUUGUCUUUGAACAGAGAUCCUACAGUAAAGUAGGUUGCUGUUUUUGAAUCGCAAAGCUUUAGCUGCUGUUGAAAAUGAUGUCUACUGUCCAUGAAACCAAUGAAAAACUGUAAAUAGUUGCAAGUGUAAAAGAAGAAUUCAGGAGCUUUUUACGCUGCUUUGUCGCAGUUGCCUGAACGAGGCAAAAAGAGUUCAGGUUGCACAGUUAACCAUCGAUGAUGGUGCCUAAAUGUUUCUGUAAGAAUCGUUCCCACAUGUUUGUCUUCUCUUUCAAUUUAUCUUUGUGUGUUUUUGGUGGAGUAUGUGCGGGCCCUGGGCCAUAUCCCCACACUUGUCUGUGUGCUCUGCAGCAGCACUGCAGUGGCAGCGAGGUGUUGGGAGCUGGAGGCAGAUAGUUUUAAAUUAAAUUAAAUUAUGGACAAGUCAAUCUUGUGCCCCAAAGGACUCAAGGACAGUGCAGUUGGUGGACUGGAUGCAUGCUAUAAGAAAUGUCCUCACUUCUGUCUUUUUUUACAUUUUGGGGUAAAACAUGGGCAUAGAAGGCCAGAAAGUUAAUAUAUAAUAGGAUAUUCAUAAAUAUUAGUAUGCAUAGUGGCAGUUUGUUUACAAAGCUGAGGAUGUACCAUGCUUUGUGUACUUUUUGCUAUAAUGUGGACUAAUAUAUAGAUAAUGUCUUGUUACAUAUUCCAAUGAUGUUUUUCUUGCUUCACUUUGUUUCUGAGAGCCUUACAGCGUGCAUCUACCCAUGUAGCUUCUGCAGCUGUUUACUUGAAAACUUGCUUCACCAUCAGCCUCCAUCCGUUCUUGCGUUCCGAGAGGAAGCAGGACUAUUUAAAUCCAGGACAGACGUAUGUGCGGGAGCCGGCCCACUGUCUUUGUUGUUCGUCAAACCCCCCUGCAGGAAUGUGGAUCUGCCAGGAUGACAGGCAGCCUCUCACAUACCUGAGUGGCCCCCCCUUCUUAGCUCUGUCAGCCCUCACCACCCACCUCUGCCUGUCCGUUACCCCUCUCACCCGCUGCAGGCAGGACCUUGGGAUUCCAGCUGUAACCCAGGAGCUUCCUCCUCUCCUUUCAGCCUUUUUUAGUUCAAGGUCAGAGUCACAGACUAGCUUUGGCCCUAACCCCAGAGUCCAGGGUGGUCGGCUAUAUGGCUCAUACCGUUUCCAUGAAAUAGGAAUUUAAAGUAUCUUUUUCAUGCAGGAAGUACUUUAUUUUAUGCUUAAAUGCAAUAUAAUUGAGUAAACUGGUGGCUUUAGAGUUUCUCUUAAACUGACUGGAAGCUCUUAUAGCUCCUAAUAGAACCCUGCUUCACAAUCUGCAAUCAUGUUUAAACAAUCCUACUUUAUGAAGUUAGAGCCUAACCUCUUUAAAAUGCAGCUCCACAAAAUGCUGUCCCCUCCCCUUUCCAAGUACUUGUGUUGGGAUAUUUCUGGGGAGGGGACAUCUGCAGAGUUAAUGCAGUGUGCGAGGAGCAGAGUCACGCAGAGCCUCACCUCUCCUGCUGCACUCCAAUCCUGCAGGACAGCACCCCAGCCAUCCUCAGGGUGUGCCCUCUGCUGCUGCUGCUGCUGGGCACUGCCCCGACCCCAAACACCUUAUACCACAUACUGACACAGUAUCACCUGCUGCUCAGCUGUCUAUGGCGCACAGAUCAAUUCAUAACAGUAUUUUUUAAAUAAAUCUCUAGCUCUUUUUUGUUCCAAGGACAUUUUCUAUUUCCUGCUAAAGUGAUGCAACACAGCAGAGCAAAUGUAUCUGGAGCUUGGCUCAAACAAAAAGACUUGCAGUUGUAAAUGAGGCUGCAUGAAAUACCACUGAUGCACAUUUCGUGCUGGGAGAAAAUGGUCAUCAUUUUUGGCUGAGGUAGCAUAUAAAAAAACAAAUCUUAUGUUUUCAGCAUUUUCAACUGAGGAAGGUGUGGAAGUGAACCUUGCGCAUGCACAGCAAUGAGCACUUCUCUUGCCUACCUCACAGUCAAGAUGUCUGCUGUCACUAGCAGCAUCUUGAUUAAAAGCUAGCAUCAAGAAGUAGAGCUGGAUCCCUAAAAGAGUGAAGGUCUGUGUCAAAAACAAAAAGCUCCUCCUUUCAGCUUUGACCAAAAAAUGUUAUCCAGAUUUAUCUGUCGUCUCUUUUUUUUUUUUUUCCACAGCUUAUCAUAGAUCAAAUUUGAAUUAAUUCAAGGUGAGGAAUAUCUUUUUUUAUAAUGUUUAAUGUAAUAUUAGCAUGCCAGAGCCCCAAACUUAAUUAGGGGUGUGUGCUUCAUGUGUUUUUUAACUCCUGCUCUAAAAGGGAGUGAGCCUCCACUGUAUUCCUCUCAUCUCUGUUUUCAUAUACCUCACCCUCUGCCUUAGUUUUGGUUUGCUGAUGACUGUAAAUUAAGAUGAAACAAACUUCAGUUAUUUGUUUCUGAAAACAGACAAUGCUAAGUAAGGAUAUUAAAGUUUUUUCCUUUUAUUUUUGUACGUAUGUGCUGUGCACAGCAGUCUACUGUAUUCCUGAGAUAACAAUAAAAGUU